UUCUAUUGCGGUGAUUCUGUCAAUUUUCGAGUACCUGCGUAUCUGUAAGGUAGAUACGGACUCCAAGGUAAGGUGCGACUAGACACCUAGUCUGUACCUGCCCAGCAUUGGUUUCCCGUUUACAGAUUACAGAGUACAAACACAGCCAAGAAUGUACUAUUGUAUCGCGCCAAGAAGAUUCUUUCUAACCUUGGAUGUCGAGUUUCUUCUCACACGCCUCACGCCUCACUCUUUUCAAACAGAAGAAGGUACUCCAUCUUCAGACACACCUCGUCUUCAACAAGGCCAGCCAUGCAGAGGAGGAGUAUCCGUACCUUACUCCGUACCAUACCUCAGUCGAACAUGCAAUGGGAAAAGGCAGGGCAGGGCAGGGCUCUCUGCAAAAUAAGGCAGUGAGGAGCCUGAGGAGUCCUCGGACGGGCCUUCUCCUUGCUCACCCUCACCCUGUCCCGUCCCUCGUCCCCGUUCAUCGAACCCUCGCCCUCACUCACAGGCUCACCCUCACUCAUAGUCUCAUACAGCCCAGAUCCAUUCUCACCUCACCCCAUCCAUCCCAUACCGUCCCAUCCUGAGGUGUCUUGCUCUGUGCUGCCCAUCACUCAUCCAGGGCCACCAUCCCAUUACCCAUCGCCCAUUGCCUCGACCGUACCACUAAAGUAGAUAUAUCGGUCCUUCCUCCGUCGACGGGCUCCAUCGCUCUGACCCUCCCCUCUUCUUUCUAUCCUCUUUAACCUGACAGACCCAUCCAUCCCGAACACAUUAGAAUCUUCUUUCUUUUCUGUCCUUGUUGUCCCACAGCCUUUUUUUAUUGAUACCUCUUUAUCUAUCCAGCCAGUUGCUUUGUGUGUCUUCUUUUGCUUGCACUGCAACUCUCGCCAUCCAUCACUGCCAUACAAUUCUACAAAGUAUUUGGCAUUCUCAUCCAUCGUAGUCUAUCUGUACCAUCAACCUACAGGUAGUGAACUACAGUGCUCUGUCUCUGUAUAGAGUAGAUAUAUCCUCGUCCUCGUCCUCCUCCGCACCAGCCAAGAUCGCAUUGCACUUACACGCGCUGUGUUCCUUGUCUUGUUCCCCUCUCAACACUUUUUUCUCUCAUUCCGCCCAGACCACGCCUGCUGCGAACCCGGCAAGACCCCUGCACGCUAAGGCAAGAGCUAGCCAUCUUGGACGCCACAUUUCAUCACCCACCCUGGGACAGCUCGACCAGCUUCCCCAUCCUAGCGCAGCGAUUGGGUACAGGGCCUCUUAACUGACCCCGAAGAGAGAAUUCUCACAGCAAGAGCAGCCCAGGAAGCCCAGGAAGCAGGUGCACCCAGCUAAAGCAACAAAGCGGCGACUGCUCUAAACGGCAGGCCCAGCCAACCACAGCUACCAUACCCAGGCGCACACCCUGUGUGACUCCUUCCUUUUACAAAGGGUCGUCGGCGUAGUCUUUUUUUUCCCACGCCUGCCGCCUGCCUCGCAUAUUCGCAUCCAUGCCUUCCGCAAUCUUUCCUGAUCACCACCCAGACCUUGGUCUUAUACAGGCCAAGCAAUCUGCUCUGGCGAAGUUGGCCAUGAGCUCCAACAAGGAUUCACGCGCCCCUUCGUCAUCGCCUCCCUUCCACUCCAACAAAUCGACCGCCGCCACGAACUCGAACUCGAACUACCUCACUGAGCCCCAGGCACUGCCAGUUUCUCACCCUCACGAUGGCCUUCUCCCGCCUCCAGCUAUGGCGCAUGCCGUUCGAUCUAUGAACGACUUGAGUGGCCCGAUCGCCCUCCGCGAUCGCUCCUUGGUCGCAAACUCCGAUACCCCUCCUGCGAUGCGCAGCGUGGUUUCGACCGCUCCGAAUUCCCCUAGAAUCCCGCCUGUCAGACAGAAUUCUGGAGGAACCACUCCCCGCCUUCGCCCCCACCCCGCCACACUCAAUGUUCCUGGCAUGACUGUCUCGAGAGCCUCGCCCGACGGCAAGAUUAGUGACCGCGAUGUCGCUGCGAAGCUGGUUAUCGUCAUGGUUGGACUUCCCGCGCGCGGAAAGUCCUACAUUACCAAGAAGGUCCAGCGCUACCUGUCUUGGCAGCAGUACAGCUCUACAAUCUUCAAUGUCGGCAAUCGCAGACGCGUGGCUGCCGGCAUGAGUUCCCCGAUGAAGCCUGCCUACUCGCCCGCUGCCGUUAGACUCGACCCGCCGGCCCAGGCUGCUUCGAUCCUGCUUAAUGGUCAUGCUUCCCGUGGCAAUAAGGAGCCUGCGGAGCUGAACCUCAAUGAGGAGAGCGACGGCAUUGACCAGUCCGCCAAGUUCUUCGACCCAACCAACGAGACUGCGGCCAAGAUGCGGGAGCAGGUGGCCUUGGACACUCUGGACGAGCUUCUGGACUACCUUCUGCACCAGGGCGGUUCCGUCGGCAUCCUCGAUGCGACAAACAGCACUAUUCACCGCCGCCAGCUUCUGGUCGACCGAAUCAAAGCGCGCGAGCCCAAGCUCGGAAUUCUCUUCAUCGAGAGUAUCUGCCAUGACCAAAAUCUUCUCGAGGCCAACAUGCGCCUGAAGCUUUCUGGCCCCGACUACAAGGACAAGGAUCCUCACCAGUCUCUUGCUGAUUUCAAGAGACGUGUGGCCGCCUAUGAGAGCGCUUAUGUCCCCCUUGGAGAGUACGAGGAGGCCCACGAUAUGCAGUAUAUUCAGAUGAUUGAUGUUGGCCGCAAGCUGGUCCAGUAUAGAUUGCGGGGCUUCCUGAGCGGCGGCAUCAGCUCUUACCUGACGACAUUCAACCUUGCGCCGCGCCAGAUAUGGUUGACCCGGCAUGGACAGAGUGUCGAUAACCGCAAUGGAAAGCUCGGCGGAGAUUCCGACCUCACCGCCGACGGAGAGCUUUACGGACAGGCUCUCCACCGAUUCAUGACCCAGAAGCGCAAGGAGUGGCUCAUUGAGCAGAAAGAUAAGAUCGCUCAGUCGUCAUUCCCGCCUAAGGCCGGCGACCACACCCCGCCGUAUCCCGAGCUGAAUCGGGAACUGGACGAGAAGAAUUUCUGCGUCUGGACCUCGAUGCUUAAGCGCAGCGUGCAGACGGCACAGCAGUUUGACAAUGACGACGACUACGACGUCAAGGCUUGGGCGGUGCUGAACGAGCUCAACGCUGGCCUCUUUGAGGGCAUGACGUAUGAGGAGAUCGCCAGAAGAUUCCCUGCCGAGUAUAAGAAGCGCGCUGCGGAUAAGCUCCAUUACACCUACCCGGGUGUCGGUGGAGAAGGAUAUCUCCAGGUCAUCGCUCGCUUGCGCGAUAUUGUCCGCGAGAUCGAGCGUAUCGAGGAUCACGUUCUCAUUGUUGGACAUCGCUCGGUCUGCCGUGUGCUCAUGGCUUACUUUAUGGAUUUAUCCCGUGACGAGAUCGCCGACUUGGACGUUCCUCUGGGCAUGCUCUACUCUAUCGAGCCUAAGCCCUACGGCUACGACUUCCACGCGUACCGCUACCUGCCGGAGAAGGGAACGUUCAUCGAGCAACCCAACUACCGCCCGCAGCGCACCGUUAACCGCGACGCUUGAGAUCAGAGCCAAAGACAGGCUUUGACUGUAUCAUAUGACGACCUGUACAACACGAAUGGAAUUCCGGAAAGGAGUUUUGGGCGUUGAGGAAAACUCAACUACGACCACGAUUUUGCUCAUUUUUUGGAAGGGGGGACUUUUUUCUUUUUUGGAAGGGCGUGGGAAAACACGAUCCCACACACAUGAUUUGCUCUUACUUUGCUACUACUUGAACCAGGGACUUCUUCAACCUCGGAGGCGGGAAGGGGAUUGAAGCAUUUGCUCGGCGUUCGGGAAUCCAAUACGGCCAUCUGACGAAAGAGGUCAAAAAGAUACCCAUUACGCAAAGAUUCACGAGGACCAUAGCCGGACGGCCCUCUCAUUGCUCAAUUUUGUAAGGCUUGUUCACAAACACAAGCAAUUAGGUUCUUCUAGGCAGAUAGGAGACAAAAGUCUAUCACAUGAA